AUGGAUACAUCAAGCUCUCAAUCGUACUUUCAGCCGAUAAUAGAGCCUCCGGGCAGUAGAUUGUUCCGUUUCUUUCCAUCUCAAAAUCCAUCAGAUGCUAACUGGGAUUAUCCAGCGCCUCAGAACCCUGAUAUUUCUUUUCCUUCACAAGAUUAUUCUGAGUGGUCACUAAGUACUAACAACCGUGGUGCAAACUACACUCUGGGUGACACUUCCAGUAUGAAAGACGAGGAGGAGAUCUGGUCGUUAUCCCAGUUCUCACUUGAAAAUAAGAAGCCGGUCACCGAUAAUAGCAUUGAAGAGAUUGGCAGAAACAACGUCACACCAAGCAUAGAACCCAUCAUGCAGAGUGAAAAAUCGAAUGCAACGUCUGGUAGGUCAAUGCAAAAGGAAAACCUCCGAAGAAGUUCCAGGAUCCGCAAAGUCGUCAAUUGUAGAGAUGCUUCCAGAAGAAAACCAAAGAACUCAAUUCGAUCAAAGCAUGGUUGUUGGACUUGUCGUCUACGAAGAAAAAAAUGCCCCGAGGAUGGCAAUCAAUGCUCAGCUUGCUUGAGGCUUGGAAUUGAAUGUGAUAGUUCCCUUCAAUCGAAACCAGAAUACCUGAUUUGCAAGGCCGCUGGCAGGGAAAAAAUGCGCCAAAUAAAAAAGAUAACGAGAAGCAAAAAACAAUCAUGA